AACUUCUCUCUACCCUUUCGUUAAUUUCCCAUCAAUUAUCUUUCGCACGAGUCUCACCAUUUUCUUUCUCCGAAACCUGCUUAUGCUCUGAGAGACUGAGAGAGAGAGAGAGAGAGAGUAGAGCCUCCUAGCUAGCUCUCAAAUUAUAACCAGUCGUUAUUUCAUGCAAAAAAAAUAUAUUAUCCUUUUGAGCCUCGAGCGCUAGUCGUUUGUUUUUUUAAUCCCCACCUGCAAUCAACAAUGGACAAUAAUCUACCAAUCAGCGUGCACCAGAGAAAAGCUGUCAAAAAGACCAAAUCCAAGAAGAAUAUGCCUAUCAAGGUGGUGUAUAUCUCCAAUCCCAUGAAGGUCAAGACUAGUGCCUCCGAAUUUAGGGCCUUGGUCCAACAGCUCACUGGCCAGGACGCCGAGUAUCCGGUCCCCGCCAAGUUUUUAUGCACAGAUAACGAUGUCGGCGGUGUUCAAACGGUUCCUGGUCCGGUCAUGAAGGCCGGCGGCGAUGAUUAUUCGCCGGAGGCUCCAGUAGUUGACCUCGGUCCAGAGCAGACGGAGAGUUCGGGUUACCAGUUCAAUCCGUACGAUGAUGAUGAUGAUGUUUUCACGCCCCUGCAGAUGAUAGAGAACCUGCCGGCCGCCGGGGGGUCUUUCUUUCCCUCAAGUGUGUUCUAUGAAUCCCCUCAAGUUGAUGUGGUUUGAAGGCUGGAUCCAGAUGUGUGAAUUGAGGAGGGCGAUGGACAUAACCUGCCAGGCCAGCGCUGUUAGUCUUGUUAGAUCAUGUUUCUAUCUCUGACAUAGUCAUCCAGCCUGAUCAAUUAGGAUUGCUAGCUAUUCAGUAUUAAUUCACUAUUCAGAUUAAUUUCGCGUGUGUGCGUGUGUAUAUAUGAGAGCUAGCUAGAGAGAGAUCUAUAUUAAUUAAUUCGAUCGGGUAUCGUCCAAAUCCUAG